GGGGGGACUCUUAUUAUGAAGUGGCUCCCCUUGUGGCGAGAGAGAGGAACAGAAAGCCACACGACCUCCUUUGUUGCAAGAGCAGCUCCAACGAACGAGCGGCAGACAUUUUCUGGCUGUGGAACAGAAGGCAGUCAGUGUGACUGCCAAUCAGAUGAGCCCUCCAGUUUGGCCAAUGGGAAUUCGGGCAAGAGGGAAACCAUGAAGUCUGAGGGGACAAAAGAGUCUCGCAGUGAUCCAGAAGAGGGAGGAGAUGAAGAUCACUCGAAUGGGCAAGCCAACCCUCUCAAAGAGGCCAAUGAGCUGAAUGGGACCUAUGAAAACACGGACACAAAGAGAACUGAACAGAGCCUUUCUACAGGGUCACCAGCCCAAUCCUCAACCGUGGAGAACGGACUGUCUGAGACUGAGCCGCCCCAUGGCUCUACAGUGGGCAGUAAUGGAUAUAUUCUAAGCAAACAGCAGGAAGACACCAUGUCAGCCCCACAUAGGACUAACUGGUCCCCUGUAGGGGGUUCCACAUUGGGGCAUGGGACUAAAAGCUCACCAACUUCAGCUUCUACAUUGCAACCCCCUGACCAGGGAUCUUCAAAUAGUGCUGCAAGCCCAGGACCGAGCCCAAUAGAGAGACGAGCAGACACAGAGACUAAAAAUGGCAUAGUAUCAAAUACACCUCCACCGACGAUACAUCGCGCACGCAAAACUAUGUCAAGGCCGGCCUCAAACCAGACACUAAAGCUUUUGAAUAGGGGAAAUAAGGAGCCAGUCAUGGUGAAAGAUGACAGUCUGGGCAAACCAGAGACAGUGCAGCCUCGGCCAUCUCCGAUCCAGAAUCAGCUACCUCAAAGCCAAACUGACGCCACAUCUGUACUGAACACCACACCAGCCAAGCCACAAACAGUUGAAACCAGACCUGUCUCUCCCUCAGUAGCAGCCAUGUCAAGGAAGAAGAAAAGAAAGAUGGGAACUUAUAGUCUUGUGCCCAAGAAGAAAAAUAAAGUCUUAAAACAACGCACAGUUCUGGAGAUGUUUCAGCGUAUGUCCCAGUCUCCACCCAACCCUCAGUUGUCGAAGGAAUCAGUUUAUGUGAAUGGCGAGAAUGAGUCUGAUGAAGAAGAGUCAGAAGAAGGAGAAGACACGGACGAGGAUCAGGAGCUGGUCAGAGAGGAUGGAGCCAAAGCCUCUCAGGAGGGACCCAAGUUAGCUUCAGUUUCUCAGCCUCUUGAAGAAGAACAUGAGUCUGAGGAGUCACCGGAGGGCGAAGGUGAAGAGGAAGGGGAUGAAUCAGACUUGAGUUCAGAGUCCAGUUUGAAAAAGAAAUGGAAAAAGAAAGUCAAGGGGGACCAUGCCUGGCUCCGACCAUCAAGGAAACGCAAGAGGAAAUCGAAAGCGAAAACUCUUUCAGGAAUGGAGUCCCAGUCUCAAUCUGAGAGCCAGGAAUCACUAUCAGCCCCUUCUGACAACAGGACAGAGUAUAAAGAAGUCCCACUUGACUCCCUCAACCUAGCGGCACAGGAAGCCUUACUGUCAUCUCAGAGUACAGAGUCUUACAGAUGGUGUUUCUCCGCUGUUUCAGGGUCAGUGAAGAGCACAGACACUGACAUGGUGCAGGAACUGCCCCUUUGCAGCUGUCGAAUGGAGAUGCCCAAGAGCCGAGAGAUUCUGACGCUUGCGGACAGGAAGUGUAUGGCGACUGAGAGCAUUGACGGUCAGCUGAGCCGUUGUCAGAGUGCAGUGCUGAAGCACGAGAUGAUGAGGCCUUCAAACUCUGUCCAACUGCUGGUUCUGUGUGAGGACCAUCGCACGGGCAUGGUCAAACAUCAGUGCUGCCCAGGCUGUGGCUUCUUUUGCAGAGCCGGUGUCUUCAUGGAGUGUCAGCCAGAGGUGAACAUAUCCCACCGGUUUCAUCGAGCCUGUGCCUCGGUGCUCAACGGUCAGAGCUUUUGUCCACACUGCGGGGAGGAGGUCAGCAAGGCGAAAGAGGUCACCAUUGCCAAGGCUGAUACAACGUCCACUGUCCCUCUCACCCAUGGCCCCUGCAAGCCCAGCACCUCAGAGGGCAAAGCGGACACCACCACUGGAGGGUCCACUCGGCUCUCUGUUCUUGGAGAGGGCAAAGCAGAUAGCACCUUAUGCCUACUAUCCAGACCUACACAGUCACAGGACACAUCUGUGUCCCCUUUGGGCUCGAAAACUGGGCCUGUUGGAGCUGGAUUUGGAACCGUACUUCAACCAGGACCAACUAAAGAGACUCUAGAAAGUGUCCUGCUGGCUCUAGAUGCAGAGAAACCCAAAAAGCUUCGAUUUCACCCAAAACAGCUGUAUAUUUCUGCUAAACAAGGAGAGCUGCAGAAGGUCCUACUGAUGCUGGUGGAUGGGAUAGACCCUAACUUUCAAAUGGAGAGCCAAAACAAACGCACACCACUCCAUGUAGCAGCUGAAGCAGGUCAUCAGGAAGUCUGCCAUAUGCUGGUGCAGGCUGGCGCAAACCUUGACAUGUGUGAUGAGGACCAGCGGACGCCCCUGAUGGAGGCCUGUGAGAACGAUAAUCUUGACACAGUGCGCUAUCUUCUGAGGGCUGGAGCCAUGGUCUCUAACAAGGAUGUUGAGGGUUCAACAUGUCUCCAUCUUGCUGCUAAGACUGGGCAUUUCAGCACUGUACAACACUUGCUGUCUACAGGAAUUGUAGAUAUUAACUGCCAGGAUGAUGGAGGUUGGACAGCCAUGAUUUGGGCCACAGAGUACAAACAUGUGGACCAAGUAAAACUCUUGCUCUCAAAAGGGGCUGAUAUCAACAUACGAGACAAGGAGGGAAAUAUCUGUCUGCACUGGGCAGCAUUCUCUGGGUGUUUGGAGAUAGCUGAGAUCCUGCUGGAUGCCAAGUGUGAUCUCAAUGUCAUCAACAUCCACGGAGACUCGCCUUUGCACAUAGCAUCACGGGAGAGCCGGCUGGACUGUGUGAACUUGUUUCUGUCGCGGGGUGCUGACAUAAGCCUCGAGAACAAAGAAGGAGAGACACCCAUGGAUUGCUGCAGCCACAACUCGAAGGUUUGGAACACACUUCAAGCCAGCAAAAAGCAGAGAGAAGCUAACAGCAACCAGACUGGCUUAGUAGAGAAGCUUCUCAACAGGGACAUCGCCAGAGGCUACGAGAAAGUCCCCAUCCCGUGUGUGAAUGCAGUGGAUAGCGAACCCUGUCCUGACAACUACAAAUACGUCCCCGAUAGCUGUGUGACGUCCCCUAUGAACAUUGACAAAAAUAUCACCCACUUGCAGUACUGUGUCUGUAAAGAUGAUUGCUCCUCAGCUAGCUGCAUGUGUGGCCAACUCAGCCUGCGUUGCUGGUAUGAUAAAGAGAGCCGUCUGCUGCCUGAGUUCUGUAAUGAGGAGCCACCCCUUAUAUUUGAGUGCAACCAUGCCUGCUCCUGCUGGAGAACCUGCAAGAACCGUGUGGUACAGAACGGACUGAGGGUAAGACUGCAGUUGUUCAGGACGCAGAUGAUGGGAUGGGGUGUCAAGACAUUACAGGAUAUCCCGCAAGGAACAUUUGUUUGCGAAUACGUGGGUGAGAUCAUCUCUGAUGCCGAAGCAGAUGUCAGAGAGAAUGACUCCUAUCUUUUCAGUCUGGACAGUAAGAUGGGUGAUAUGUACUGUGUCGAUGCACGUUUCUACGGCAACAUCAGCCGCUUCAUAAACCAUCACUGUGAGCCGAAUCUAUUCCCCUGUCGAGUGUUCACCUCUCACCAGGACCUCAGAUUCCCUCACAUCGCGUUCUUCGCCUGCAAGAACAUCAGUGCCGGAGACGAACUUGGGUUUGAUUACGGUGAUCACUUCUGGGAUGUAAAAGGGAAGCUGUUCAGCUGCCAGUGUGGCUCAUCCAAAUGCAAGCACUCAGCCGCCACCAUCGCACAGAGACAUGCAGACAGUACUCCAGGAGACCAGCAGCCCAGCGCCCUGCCCGAUACCAGCUCAUCCACCCCCUCCAGCCCCAGCUAAACCCAUCUUUCUAGCGUAAAACAUCCGGUUCUCCUUCUUCUACCAGCCUGUCACCUCCCAUCACAGGCACACCUCUGCCAUCUCUAAUCAGCUCCGGUUACCAACCCGGGCCACUUGAUGCUACACCCACAGUGCCAUGUUUAGCUCUGGUGGUCUGAAAGCCUGAUUGGUUGAAGCAGUUUAAGGGUUUAAAGUCUUGAAGGAGAGAGGUGCACAACUGGACUGGUUUUUCAGGUGUUUGGUAUGCACAUUUUGUAUAGGUUUUUUAUUGUCGGGCAGCCCCUUUGGACCUUAUUCUUGU